UUACUCAGCCAUUUUUUGUCUUGCAAUUGUCAGUUAAUUUUAAUACCUUUACAUUGCAAUUAAACACUUUAUUAAGUUUCUUUUAUCCUUUACACACUUUAUUAAAUAAUUAACGCCAUCUUAAUAUCGCGCCUUCUACCCCUUCAUUUAAUCUCCCCCUCCCUCUGGUUCGCUGGUUUUGUGUGUUGACUUUUUUGUCUCAAGGCAAAUGGGCGCAAAUCUAGUCACAUUGAUGUUAAUUUUUUACUUUACUUCUUUAAUGCUACCUUUUUUUCAAUCAAUUAUUACCAUUGUGUACAGUUGUUAAUUGCUUAUUGAAUAUGUUUCUUCAAUCUAUUCAAUUAUCCAUCUACAGUUUGCUUCAUCAAUAUUCUGCGUAUUUUAAUCCAUACAAAAUCGGUGUCUUCGCUGGUUGAUUGUUUGUGUGAACCCAAUUAUCUUGUCAGUUGUUUUUUGUUUUGUGCAUUACUUGUCAUAAUGUAAUAACCAGGAGAGGAAAGUCAAUCAUCAUAAUCAACCGAUCCUGCUUUUAGUGAUUCAUAAUUAAUAUAAAUUUGACGCAAACUAGACAAUAACAAUGCUUUGAUAAAAAUAAGAUGGUGAACAACAGUUGAAUCUGUUGCAUCAAUAAGAUCAUUUUUUUCUGUUGUUGUUUUUUUAUUUACAUUCAAUAUUCUACCAAACCUUUCUCUUCCUCAUUCUGUAUCCUCAUUCUUAUUAUAAUCAUCUUUACCAUAAAAACUGGUUUUCAUCUUGAUCGCCAUUCAUCAAAAAAUUAGAAAGAAAGAGGACCGUUAAAUGAGUUUUGCUGGAGAAUUGGUUAAACUUGAUCCAUAAUUGGGUUUAAAUACCUAGGUUAAUGUUAAACAGAAGAGAAAAAAGUUGAUCAUCAAGAUGAUUUUAAAUGAGAAUAGGGACUCAAUGAUGAUUAAAACUUUUAGCCCAACGGCAUCAUCAUCAACCUCAUCUUCACCAUCAUCUUCUUCAUCGUCAAAAAAAAUGGAACCGACAGAUUUGAUUUCAAGUUUAACUGUUAAAUGCAAGACCGGAUCAGAUAGCUGUUUAGCUCAAUUGGUUAAAAUAUCAGAUCAAGCAAGCAAGAUUGAACAAUUCUCCCGGAAACUAUCUGAGUUUGAUUUAAAGUUAAACGGCUUUAAGCCAAGGAGUGGUCAUCUUCAUUUAACUAAUUCAACAACAACAUCAACAUCAACAACAACAACAACAGCAACUUCAACUCGUUUAACAACAAUCUCAACAGCAUCACCAUCAAGAUCAACAACCGGUCCUGAGUCGAUUCGGUCAUCUUUACCAAAUUUUAUUUCACAUUUAACUGACCGUGAGCUUGAAACACAGCAUGAAACAGACUUAACCAAGAAAAAUAAAAUUUACUUCUGUGAUUAUGAAAAUGAAAACUUUGGUGAUAAAAAUAUCAAUAUUAAAAGUGAUGGCGAUAGUGAUCAACAGAGCAAUAUCGAGACUAAUAGUAAAAUUAACAGGCGAAGAAAGUGUUUAAGGGAUCAAAUUUAUCGUGAAUCAAAUCAUGCGAAAAAUAGCGGCGAUGAUGAACCAUCAUUAACAUCCGAGUCAAUCAAGAGACUAACACUUUUACCUCGAAGUUGGAAACACUCACCAUCACGGUCAUCAACAUCAAAGUCUCUUCAAUCAUCACCAAUUGACAUAAAUAUUGGUUCAACGCACUUACACGGUUUAUCUUCACCAUCCUCUCCACUACAUUCAUCCUCAUCACCAACAACACCAUCUGAAUCUUCUGGAUUUGUGAGCUCAUCACCAUCAUCAUCACCUAGAAGAAUGCGAUCCACCAGCCAGUUAGUUUCUUCCAAACUUCAAAGUGAAACCAAUCAAUGUUUACAUGAUUCAACAUCAUCUUCAUCAUCAUCAGUAGCUUAUGAUUGUGUUGAUUAUGUGAAUAGUCUUGAAGACUCUCCACAACCUCGAGUUUCUCGCUUUAAAUCAAACCGCUUUUCCAAAGAGGCCAAUUCCACUUCGACCUGUAAUUUGAAGCCACCCAAAUCAACUCGCUCCUAUUCACGGUUAAACAGUUUACCAUGCAAUAAAAAUAGCGAUUCAAAUGAUUUCAAUGAUGAAACUAUUUUCAAGCCAAACCCUCGUAAUUGCUUAAGAGCAUUUUCAAUACCAAAUGGUUUAAAUAGUGAUUUAACAACAAGUCCUUCUCAUCGGUCCAAUUCAAUCUCAAAUUCACGUGAAUCUCUUGACCAUGGUUUAAAUUCUGGUGAGACCAGUUCACAUCGAAUUGUUGGCAGUCUAUUGGAUUCACCUAAAUGGUCAAUUAUAAAGGAAAAAUUUGAAAAAUCAAGCAACAAUAAUGACUCGAAUAAUGGUAAUAGCAGUGAGAAUAAGGAUAAAACUGAAAUAGUAACUUACUCUUCUCCACAACUUCGACGUAAAACUUAUCCAACAUCAACAUCAAAUUUAACACCUUCCCUAUCAUUAAGUAAUUUGACUCUAUUAUCAGCCAAUAAUUGUGGAAAAGCUCGUUCAAUAUCAUUAACGCCAUCAUUCUCGUCUUCUUCUUCAUCGUCAACAGCAACUAUGGAUAAAAAAAUGUUUCCAUUACAAUCAACCAAUAAUGAAACAAAUAAAUGCAACAAUCGCUACUCAACAUCAUCUUUGAAAUCAAACUCAUCAUCCUCAUCAACCUCAUCAUAUUCUUCCUCUUCUCAUUCAACAUCAUCUACUUUAACCAAUGGUUCAUACACUGAUCGACCCAACAGUUUUUCAACUGAUCGAUUAACAUCAACAACAGCAACUUCGUUAUCACCAUUAUCAUCCUCCUACUCUCUUGAAAACCAUGGUAAUUAUCCGAUUGAAAGGAUGUGUAGUUCUGGCAAGGUUCAUCUGGAACAAAGCGUCAGGAUGAAAAGUAAUUCACGUAUAGCCAAAAUUGCGUCUAAAUUUGAUUCCGGUGUUAACCAAAGUGGAUCAACUACCAGUUUAAACAGUGGUACUUUCAAUGAAUCAAAAGCAUGUAAAAGUAAAAGUGACCUUCGCGAGUUUAACAAGAUGAUAACCACUUCUUCGUCUACAUCGUCUUCUACAACUUCAUUAUUUACAGUUGUUAAACAAUCAUCUGAGUGUAAUUUUUCUGAACAAUCGGAAAAAUGUAAAAAAUCAAAAUUUACAUCAAACAAUUCAAUAUCUUCUCCAUCUUCCUCCUCAUUGUCCAGUUUGACUGAUGUUAAAUCAAUCCGUAAUGAAAAUGAGGAAGAGAAAAUUGUUUCUGUUAAAGAAACUAUCCUUCGCCUUGAAUGCAUUAAAGCGUCAACAGUUGAUAGUAUACAUCAAUCAGGAGCUAAAAUUAAUCGAUCAAUUUCUGAUCAACAGUCAACCAAACCAGUGAUUUCAUCGAGAAGGAAAACUCUGCCCGGAGCGACAUUUUUACACAAUGGCUCACUAUCAGCUGUAAACAUUAAUGAAAAUAAUGAUAAUCAAAAUACGUUGAGUCUAUCUUCAGAUUCCAAUCAUGCCUUACCUAGUAAUUUACUUAAGGAUUCAGGUAAAAGUGAUAAGGUUCCCAUACCAGCACCAAGAAAAAUAUCAAAUAACCAAGAUUGUUAUAUGACUAAAGGAGUGAAGUCAUCAUCUUCAUCAUCACCAAAAACCACUGCAACAUUGAAUACUUUGGUGUCAACAUCAUCAUCAACCACUUUUCUCUCUUCUUCUUCACUCUCAAGACAUGGUCAUGAGCUAAAUAAGGAAUCCAACACAUGCAAAUUUAAUAAGAAUGACAAAAUUGAGGGAAACCAUGAGACACUAAAAGACUCAUCUUGCUUAUCAUCAUCAUUAUCAACCUUGUCAUCGUCAACUAAACUUGUAUCCUUAACAUCUGAAGAAAUUAAAAAGACGCCAAGUUUCUUAUGGAGCAACAAUAAUCAUAACUUUAAUCGGUUAGCAGGAACCAGUUGUACAUUACCAUCUUCAACUGCUAAUGUAAAGGAGAGGAAAGAUAAUCUUCCUAACGAGUCUAACCAAUGUGGUAAAGAAAGUAACAACAGAGAGAGUACCAUUGGCAUAGAUGAACCAAUUUAUGAACCUGUCAGCUAUUCAACAACUCCAGCAGUCAAUAUUUCUAAUUUAAAUUCUAGUGUCAACCGAAGUUUACCUUCAAACAAUUUAUCAGCAAUAAAUCGUGAUAAUCGUACCAUAAUACAUGAUUAUGAUGACAAUCUUUCCUUAGCUAGUGAAAAUUCAUCUCUUACUUACAGUGACUCGGGCUCUUACUCGUCUGGUGUACAUGAAGCUUCAACUCUUUCAUCGUCUACAUCAUCCUCAAAUAGGUCAAACAGUGUGAUUCCAAGUAACCACUCUAUCCUGCCACCACCUUUACCACCUCGUUGGCCAGAAGCCAGUAAACAAGGAAACAGCAACACUUUCACUACAACAGCUAAUAUCUUUAAUCCCAUAUCGACUAACUGUGGCCUCAGUUUAACUGCCUUGGAUACUUAUUUAUCAAAUCAAUGGGACAAUAAAGACGAUUGUUACGGUGCUGAUCAUAUUUAUGAUAGUAUUUAUUACAACAAUCUAUCUGACGAAUUGACUCUAGAUAAAAGUGAAGCGUUGAGCAAAUUACUGAAAGAAUUGGAAAACAUGUCUCCCAAUGGUGAUCGUAAUGCUAAAGAAGAUACCAACAGUACUAAUAGUUCUGGUGCUUCUAUGUCUAGAACUCCUUCAACCUUAAGCUGUUCCUCAGUUUCAAGAAAUGGCUCCAAUGCUUCAGAAAGUCGUGAUAAAAGUUCAGAUGAAUUUUCAUCAGGAAUAGUAACAUUGAAAAGUUGUGAGUCUAGUUCAUCUUUGGAAAGCAUCAGGAAUACCAGCUGUUCAUCAUCUCAAGUUCCCCCAAAGAUAACACCUAGGACGACAAUUAAGUCCUCUCAAGAGUCUAAUUCUGGAGGCUAUGCAAACUUUCCUUCCAUAAUGGAAAAUAAAAUUCUCUUAUCAGGCUCUUUGAUGGACUCUAUCCUUGAGUCAUCUUCACCUUCUUUAAGAGAAACCAUUCAAAGAGAAAUGAAACGUUCAGAAUACCAUUCCCGGUUACAUCAAUCGGAAACUCUGAUGAAAAACAGCAGUUUUCUUCAUUCCAAUCGACUCUCAUUAGUUAGUAAAAAGUCAUCUGAUUAUGUUGAGGCUAUAAAUCCAGCUGAUCAAAAGAAACCCAAUAUUAAUGAUCUUUACCGAGAAGGUUUAAUUCAUCCAGAAUCUCGGUAUGAAACUCAUGAAUAUGAGGGGUACAUGGAAUUCAAAGAAACGAGAGGCUUUUUUUCAUCAACCGCUGAGCAACCUUUAUAUCAGUUGUAUGAUGAACAAGUUAAACAUAAUCGAAUCCUUUGGGCCAGUGGUUUAGGCGAUGAUUCUCAAGAAGAAGCUGAUCCAUUGGAUGCCAUUUAUGCUGAAUUGGAUGGUGUUUCCAAGUGUGCUUGUAGCUCAUGUGAAUUGGAUGACGGGAGCACUCCAACAGAUUCAGUUACUUCAUCAAUUGUAUCGACAACAUCAGCUACUCCUCAUAUUUCAGCAAUUGAUUUAGUUGGCAAAAAUGGUAAUCGUCAGUUAUGGUGUGAGGUUCCGCAAGUCAAGGAAGCUGGUGUUGCAGCUAAAUUAACACCCAAAGAAAGGAAACAUCAAGAGGCCAUGUUUGAAGUUAUCACCUCUGAAGCUUCUUACCUUAAAAGUUUAGACAUUCUAGUCAAUCAUUUCAUGAAAAGUGAUGAAUUUUCUAACCCUGAAAUUCUCAACUCACAUGAUCGAAGUGACCUUUUUUCCAACAUUGAAUCUGUUUUUGAAAUUACUCGUCGACUAAUGAAAGAUUUAGAUGAUCGUUGGCAAACAAAUGUAGUUAUAUCCGAUGUUUGCGAUAUUUUACUUCGUUAUGCAACUUCCGAGUUUGAAGAUUACGUUAAAUAUUUACGUUUUUGUAAAAAGCAAGAGAAAACAUUGAAAACAUUACAGAAACAACCCAAAUUUGCUGCCUCAUUGAAACAAUUGGAAACAAAUCCAAAAUGCCAUGGACUUGCUUUAACCUCUUUCUUAUUGUUGCCCAUGCAACGGAUAACUCGAUAUCCACUUCUAGUUGAAGCAAUACUCAACCAUCGAGCCCCUACAGAAACGGAUAAAUAUGAGAUGUGUCAAAAAACGUUGGCUGCUCUUUACACGGUUGUCAAUGAUUGUAACGAGGAAGCCAAGAAAACGGAAAGACUUCAAGAGCUGAUUGAUUUGGAUAGUAUUUUAAAUUUUGAUAAAGUAAAAUAUUUCCCACUCAUUAGUGAAUCAAGAUACCUGAUGAAAAAAGAUGAAGUUGUCAGAUUGAAGCAAACAUCCAGCUCAAUAAUACCCGCUCGCGGCAGGAAUCCAUUGUGGAAAAAAUCUCCCCUCCAUUUAUACCUUUUCAAUGAUCUUCUUUUGAUUGCCUCAAAGAAAAGUGAAAUCUAUUAUUCUGUAAAUGAUUAUUGUGAAAGAAACUGUCUAACUGUGCGUUCCAUGGAUGUUCCAGGUGAAGAGAUAACUCCUCCAAUAGGCAUGAAAUCAAGCCUAGAAAACCUGAUUCAAUUGACUUUUCUCAAAAAUCAUGCAAGACGAACCAGUGAAUAUUAUAUCGCCUUUCCAACUGAAACUGAUAAAAUCAGAUUCAUUGAGGCUAUUGAACCACCGAAAUCGGACAAACCAAAUGAAAAGAUUUACGAAGAAUGGGAUUGCCCUCAAGUUAUUUGUGAAAGACAGUAUACAGCGCAACAACCAGAUGAGCUGAGCUUGGAAAAAUCUGAUGUCGUUAAUGUUUUCCGUAAAACAAAUGAUUGGUAUGAAGGGGAAAGGAUACGAGAUGGUGCCCGAGGUUGGUUCCCGGCUUCAUGCACUCAAGAGAUUGUAAAUAAACAUGUCCGUUCACGUAAUCUUAAACUAAGACAUCGAUUGAUGACAUUGACGGAUAAACAUAUCUUGGACAUGCAAAAGAGUUGAUCUUGAAACUAUAAUUACUAACUAUUAUUAUCGGUUUAAUUGUAAACGUUGAUUAUCUCCAAAGAAAUACAUUCAUCCACAUCACAGCUUAAUCAACAUUGCUCCUCAAAUCAUCUGUUUAACAAUAUCUGACUAUCUUAUUUUGUGAUCAUCAAAAGCUGUCACUCUAAUUAUUAUUUUAAUUGUAAUAUAAAUACUUAUGCUUAUGCAAA